GAUUUAGUUUGUUUUUCUCGAGAAAAUUGAAGGGAUUUUCCGGGAAAGUUGUUCUCUUUUUUGUCUAUUACCGGAAUCUGCAUGAGACACAAACAACCCUGAUUUUGUUCCCGUUCCGAUCAUCCCCUUUCUUCAUCGCAUUCUGAAAAGCUUCGUUUUUGAGGGCUUGAUUUUGAUCCUAUAUGAAGAAUAAAUGAAUACAAUUGGAAUCUGCCUCAUUUGAUCUGAAUUGGAUUGACCCCCUUUUUCAUUUUCAAUCUCGAUUUCGUCAAAAAGAAAGAAAAAAAAAGUGAAAAUGGCGAUGAAAGGUUGGCCAUUAGAGCAAUGGAGGGGUUAUUUUCGGACAGCAAACUCAGACAUAUUCGAUAUAAUCGACCAUGCUAUUGUGGUAGCCGCUUUAGAUUGUCCUAAAGAGUUUAGAUUACGUAGAGAUCGAAUUGCUGAGAAGCUUUUCACUUGCAAAUUCACUCCAUGUUCGGGUUGCGAUCGGGUCGAGUUAGUUGUACCAUACUAUGAAGAGGUAGACGAUGACGCUCGGGCCGCCGGCUGCCAUAUGAGCUUCAAAAGUGGAGCUGAUGAAGAAUUUGAGGCAGGUGGUAGCAAAGAGAGCAAAGUUAAUAGUAGCAGAGAUGACCCUUUGAUUAACCAAAUUGCUAGUAAUUAUAGCUACGGUGAAGCCGAGGCUUUGACCGAUGAAAUCGAAGAAGAGGCUAUGAUCGUUGGUGAAGUGUUUAGGAUCAAAGAGGUUCUUCAUAAUUUUCUGGAUGAGCCGGAUUCCGUAUUGUUCGAAUCCCUGAGGAAGCUUCAAUUAAGGGCUUUGACAGUGGAUAUUCUUCAGGCAACUGGGAUCGGAAAGGCCGUUAAUCGUGUCAAAAAGCAUUCAUCGAAGCAGAUUCGUAAUCUUGCUCAAACUCUCAUUGAUGGAUGGAAGGAAUUGGUAGAUGAGUGGGUUAGUGCUACUAAGGCUGUUGCUGGGGUUACUCCGGAAUCUAUGAAUCCAUCUGUUGGCAAAGAGGAAGAAGUACAAGACUACGAAGAUGAAGAAGAAGAAGGGCUUCCUUCUCCUCCUUUAGAUGUGGGAGCUCUCUUUGUUACUCAACCUACAUCGAUGGAGCUCUCGCAGUUUUUCGAUGGCAUGGAUGAUUAUGGAUCGGGAAAUGUUAUUUCAGAUCCUGGAAACAGCUGGGAAAUCGCCAAGAAUCGGAAUACUGGUAGAAAACCAUCAGAGGAGGACCGCAAUUUUUCGAGACAAAAACCGCAGGCAUCAGGUGAAGCAUAUCUGCUCACCAAGGAUGAUAAGAAGCUACAAAUGAAGAUACAAGAAUCCGUUGCAAAGCCUAAUAACAAGCUGUCGAGCACAAAUAUUGGGUCCGGUAGACCUCCAAAACAUAAUAUCGAGCAAAAGGCCAACGAAGAAUCGAAUUUGGUGCAGAAACAGGAUAGGAUGGCUGUUCCCAAGAAGCCCCUCUGUAAUCAACAAGAUAAACUCAAGGCUUUGGACGAGGAGCAAAAGCUCGAGGCAACUAAAAGGAAGCUACAAGAGCGAUAUGAACAAGUUAAUAAUGCCAAGAGGAAGCGUACGAUACAAGUGAUGGAGUUGCGUGACAUCCCGAAACAAGGUUCUGGCCACAAAAAUCCGUAUUCAAAACAUGGUAACCAUAUCCGACAAUGGGCGAACGGAAGGAGAUAGCGCCUUCCUAGUUUCUUCCAUUGUUGCGAAUCGGGUGUAAGAAUACCAAUAAAAGCACAAAUGGGAACCACAACACAGCACAGCAAUCAAAUAAUGAGAAUUCUUUUCACUGAUCCAUGAUCGUGUUAACAGAGCAACAGAGAGGUACAUUCCGAAGAAUCGGAAACGAACUUUCUUUCGGUCGAUUCUCAUCGUAGAUUUUGAAACUCUCAAGGUAUAGGGACUUUCUUUUUAUACUUUUCUAUUGCAAUGCAUAGAUAGGAACUACAUAGAUGAUGGGUAAAAAUCACAUAUUUGGAGGCUGCAUGUCAUUGAAUCUGUGUACAGAACAAGAACCCUAAUUUGUUUUUAACCCAUCUUUGUUUAUCGACU